CUUUCCUCUGAACCUUGAAACGAGAUGGCGCUAUUUACCGUACAUCACGAUCUUGGAUUAAAGUGCUCAGAUAUCCCCGAUGUAAAUUAACCUCUCGUUUAGCACUUCGUCGAAAAGUAAAAUCCAAGUUUGAAGGAAAUUAAGAAUUACAUUCUCAAUUAUUAAUGCUGAGCAACACAAGAUUGUAAAAUUAUCCCGGUGCCCCGAACACAUAGUGCCUACCGUUACGAUCCGUCACUGACGCAUCAGUCAGCUGCAUUCAAAGUUGGUGGAUCGCUUCUCGAUCGUAUCACGGUGAAACUCGAUCAGGUUAUCUCACGUACAGCGAAAUGCCGGACUUUAACUGGCGUAUCGCGCUGCUCGUUAUCUUCUGCGUAUCACUCGGCCACGCCCUGGAAUGUUACGUUUGCACAAAUCAGGAGGGUAAUCAAGACAAAUGCCUAAAUACCAUCAAAACCUGCGAAUCAUACCAAGACGUCUGCUACACGGAAAUUAGAUGGGGAAGUACACCAUACUGGUCGCAGGGUGCAAAGAAACAAUUUUAUGUCUCUAAAAACUGUACCACCAAGAAGGACUGCGAAAGGCAGCAGCGGAUUAAUAUGCCUGAUUGCACACAUAUUUGGUAUCAGGACUGGAAAUGUUCACAUUGUUGUCUGGGUGACAGGUGUAAUUAUUAUGUCAUAUUGUACAAUAUGAAAUGGAAAUGCGGCAGCAUAUACAAGGCCUUCAGCCGCAAGAAGGUGAUAGACAUCGUCGUGGACUCGAAAUUGUCGCGAUGUUUGUCGACCCUCGAUCUCACAGCAUUGGGAAUCGGCUCCACCAUGGGAGUGGGUGUCUACGUCUUGGCAGGAUCCGUUUCAAUGCUCACCGCCGGCCCGGCGGUAGUGAUUUCAUUCGCCAUCGCCGCAGUGGCAUCGAUGUUCGCAGGUGUCUGUUACGCUGAAUUCGGCGCAAGAGUGCCACGUGCUGGAUCAGCGUACGUUUACAGCUAUGUCACGAUGGGUGAAUUCGUGGCGUUUAUCAUCGGCUGGACUUUAAUAUUGGAGUACGUAAUCGGCACGGCCAGCGUAGGCCGUACCCUCAGCAUGUACGUCGAUGAGCUCUUCAACAACACCAUGAGGCAAGCCUUCACGUCGGCGGCGCCGAUGGACCUCGGCUACAUGUCACCUUAUCCGGACUUCUUCGCUUUCUCUAUCACCCUAGUGUUUGCGGCCGCGCUUGCCUUCGGAGCCAAGGAGUCCUCGUUGGCGAACAAUAUCUUCACUGUGGUGAAUCUCUCAGUCGUGCUUUUUGUAGUGAUCGCUGGAUCCUUCAAAGCUGACAUUAGGAAUUGGGAAACGAAGCCAAAUUGCACGAAGGACCAUUGUCCCUACGGGACCGGUGGAUUCGCUCCUUACGGUGUGUCAGGCAUUUUAACUGGCGCGGCAAAAUGCUUCUACGGAUUCAUCGGUUUCGACUGCGUGGCUACCACGGGAGAAGAGGCGAAAAACCCAAAGAGAUCUAUUCCGAUUGCUAUCGUCGCGUCUCUGACAGUAGUCUUCUUGGCAUUCUUCAGCGUCUCGAUAGUGCUCACCACCGUGCUACCUUACUACGAGCAAAAUCCUGACGCGCCGUUUCCGCAUAUGUUCGACACGAUGGGAUGGACUUGGGCGAGAUGGCUCGUGUCGGUCGGUGCAAUUUGCGGACUUUGCGCCAGUUUGUUAGGCGCAAUGUUCCCGCUGCCGCGAGUGAUCUACGCGAUGGCUUCGGACGGACUGAUAUUCGCGUGGAUGGGAAAAAUAAACUCACGAUUCCAGACGCCGUUGUUGGGCACGCUGAUCGCUGGACUUCUCACAGGUAUUCUGGCGACGAUAUUCGAACGUGAUCAGUUAAUUGAUAUGAUGAGUAUCGGCACGCUGCUCGCGUACUCGAUCGUAGCGGCUUGUGUGCUUGUCUUACGAUAUGAAGAGAGUGAGGCAUACGAGAAAAAAGGCGACCAUGAUCCAAGGACCUAUGCCUACAUCGUUAAGCAACUGGUGAAUGCGAAUAGAUUGAAACACUCCACGAAACUCACCGCGCAGAUCGUUACUGCUCUCGUAUUUUGCUACAUCAUCUUUUGCAUCGGCAUCACCCUUCUUAUUACGCAGUGCAUGGAAGAGAUCGGAGCGGUUAAAGCGACAGUCAUAGUACCACUCGUCAUUCUUGCCGUUGCUCUCGUAAUCACACUCUGCUUCAUAUACCUUCAACCAGUUUCCGGCAAGCAGCUCUCGUUCUCGGUGCCGCUGGUGCCGUUCUUACCAGCAUUCAGCAUUCUAAUCAACAUUUAUUUGAUGAUGAUGUUGAGCGCACAAACAUGGUUACGAUUCAUCGUGUGGACGGCAGCUGGUAUGUGCAUAUAUUUGUUCUAUGGAGUAUGGCAUAGUAUCAUAAGACAAAGAAGACUGCCAAUGAAGGUUGCCGACAACGCUAACGGCGAGUGGAAAAGCGCUGACCUUCCAAGCAUCACGUGAUAAGCCAAGAAGAAAUGCAUUUACAAUUGCCAACACACUCUCGUUACAUUUUAACUUAAUUUAUUAAUUAGACUGUAAUAUUGACCAAAUCAUAUAAAAAUUUUAGCUUUAAAAACGGAAUAUUAUAUAAUGUUUAUAUAAUUAUUAGGGAUCUCUAUGAUACGAUGUAAACUCACAAAUCAUUAUUUACUUUUGUUCCGUUUUGUGCUUAUAUUAACAUUAACGACAUGCGAGUAAAAUUUUAACAAUAUUAUAUAUAUGAACAUAUAUAUAUGUAUGUGCUAAAAACAAAACCUACAUGCACUAGCUUGCAUUGAUAAUCAAAAUCUGACAAGUCCAUUCGCAUUUCAAAGAUAAAUUAAUAUGCUACUUAUUGAAAAAUAAAUAAAAAUUGCAGACCUAUCUGUCAGUUAUAUAGUGAAACGAAUAUACGUCGUAGUGA